AAAUCCGGCACCGACUGAGCCAAGGCGGCAGCGACGGGGGAGCAGCAGAGCGAGGGUGAUGGAAUUAAAAAUUUUCGUUGAACAAGGGUGAUGGAAUUUAGGGCGAUGGUUUGGUCGAGCAGGAAGAACGAUGGAGACUACCCACGCCGCCCACCUCGCUGCCGCUGUAAUUCCUGACACUGCAAGAGUCGCUGAUCGUUUUUUCCUUUUGGAUUUGCAGGCGGUGGAGGGUUGUGUUUAUGGGAAGGGGGUGAAGACAGGGGAAGGGCGGCCAAUUGAGUUGGUCAGGUGGGCAUCGGGGGGUAUAAUCGUUUUGGGGUGUGUAGAAAAGAAAUUAAUUUUUUUAAUAUUUUUUUUAUUUCAAUGAAUGUAAUAAUGAGGUGG